GUUUUUCACUCAGGUGGCAUUCUGUAUGUGUACGCCAUUGGACCCUACGUUUCCUACCAGGCCCUGCAGUGGUGCUGCAUUGUGGUGCCGGUGGUGUUUGACGUGGUGUUCUACUUGAUGCCGGAAAGCCCGUACUUCUUCGCCGGGAAGGGUCGCAAGACGGAGGCGCUGAAGUCGCUGCAGUUCCUCCGGGGCCAGAGUGCCGAGGGCGUGCACGACGAGAUGGCCGAGAUCCAGGCGAACGUGGAGGAGGCGAUGGCCAACCAGGGCACCAUGAUGGACCUGUUCAAGAACGCCGGCAAUCGGAGGGCGCUGUUCAUCUGCGCCGGCCUGAUCUCCUUCCAGCAGCUGUCGGGCAUCAACGUGGUGCUCUUCAACAGCCAGUCGAUAUUCGCGAGUGCCAACACCGGACUGGACCCGGCCAUCGCCACCAUCAUCAUCGGGUGUGUCCAGGUGGGAUCCUCGGCACUCACGCCUCUGGUUGCCGACCGCCUGGGCAGGAAGGUGAUGCUGCUGACCUCCUCCAGCGUGAUGUCCCUCGGACUGGCGGCGCUGGGCUACUUCUUCUUCAUGCAGCUGGUGAAGGGGGACAUCUCCAGUGUGGUCUGGAUGCCAGUUCCCGCCCUGAUCAUCUACAACAUCGUCUACUGCACCGGAUUCGGACCGCUCCCGUGGGCGGUGCUCGGCGAGAUGUUCCCGGCGAACAUCAAGUCGGUGGCCUCCUCGGUGGUGGCCAGCACUUGCUGGACCCUCGGCUUCCUGGUGACCUUCUUCUACCCCAGCCUGGACGCCCUCGGCUCCUACUACGCCUUCUGGCUGUUCGCCAUCUGCAUGGUGGUGGCCUUCUUCUUCGUCCUCCUCGUCGUCAUGGAGACGAAGGGCCUCAGCCUGCAGGAGAUCCAGGAUCGCCUCAACGGCAAGCGCAACUAGAAGGUCGUUCCUGGGCUUUCUGCUGCAUUUGAAUCCGUAACGAUCUUUCACGUACGUCUAAGGUCUGUGUGCAAGUAUUUUAUUGGUUAGUUCGUAAGCCCAAACUCAGUUGUUACACGCUUUCCUGUUAAUUUGUAAAAAAAAAUUUAUAGAAAUAAUAAUUAUGAUACCAUUUUAGUUU